AUGGCUGACGUGAAGAAAACGCUGAACGACCUCAAAACUGGGGAUGGAGUUACAGCUCCCGUGGUAACUACAACACCUUCGCUACGUGGAUUCAAAGUGCCACCGUUCGACGGGACUUCUUCCUGGUCGGCCUACAAAAUCCAGUUCGAGGCUGUCAUGAAAGCGAACGGCUGGAAUAAAAGUCAGGCCAUGACUGCUCUCACCCUAGGCCUGCGCGACCAGGCCUUAACUGUUCUGGAAGCUCUCGGUAAGGAAGUGACUUACGAGCAGCUCCUUGAGGCAUUGGAGGCGAGAUAUGGCGACACUUACCUGGAACACGUCUUUCGUGCGCAGCUCAAAGAUCGCGUGCAACGCAGUAACGAAAACCUGCAGCAGUGGGCCCUUGAGGUGGAGAAGCUGGUUCGAAAAGCGUACCAGUCUGUACCUGCGCUUAUUGUAGGGAACCUGGUGCAGAUAUUCAUCGACGGCAUCCGCGACCUUGAAGUCAGAGCUGCUGUGAGGCUCGGGCACCACGAGACGCUUAAGGACGCCUUGACCCAUGCACUGGAGGUGGAAGCCGUGCGGCAGGAUCAUCGUUCCCACCGCGUCAGGGAGGUUGCAGCAGCUACAGUUCGGGACCGCAACAACGGCUACAGCCCUAGGUGCUACGUCUGUGGGGAAAGGGGCCAUCUUCGAUUCAGCUGCCCUAAACGAACUGUAGAAAGGGAAGGUGUUUUGAAAUGUGGACAAGAGGAACUUUUCAUGGAAGGGGCGUUACCAGGGAAUGUGUACAGCCUUAAGAAGAUUGUUCUUCCGCCAAGAUCGGAAACGAUUGUGCCGGUUAGACUUCCUCGGAAUCCUGGGCAAACUCUUCGUUGUGUACUCGUGGAAAGGGUAGACCUUCCAUGGAUAGUGGCUCGAACCUUGGUCAGAACCGCCGACAUCUCAGGAGUACGUGUGCUGAACCUUUGUGAUCAGGAACAGAUUAUAGAAAUAGGCACAUUGGUUGUUACUAGUGAGGGAGUGGAUUGGUUGCGUCGGUGCCAAUAUCUAUCGACUGGGACCCUCAGCAAGGAUGGACAAACGAGAGUGACCACACUUUUAGAAGACUGUCGCAGCGUUCUCUCCCCGAAUGAAAUGAUCAAGGCGAAGAAGUUGUUACUCAAGUACGCCAAUUUUUUCUCGUCAAACGAAGCUGACAUAGGAAAGACUGACUUAGUUCAACACAAAAUAAACACAGGACAAGAAUUGCCUAUUCGUCAGCGGCCAAGAAGAUUGCCUGUAGCACGUGGAAAGGAAGUGGAAACCAUGAUUGAGGGAAUGGUGAAGGAUGGUGUUAUUGAACCUUCAUCUAGUCCAUGGUGUUCACCUGUGGUGCUGGUAAAGAAGAAGGACGGCAGCAUGCGGUUUUGUGUUGACUACCGCCGCCUGAACGACGUUACGAAGAAGGACAGCUAUCCCUUGCCUAGAAUUGAUGACACGCUGGACAUGCUCACAGACGUAAAGUGGUUUAGUACGCUGGACCUGAAAAGUGGCUACUGGCAGGUUGAAAUUGACCCUAAGGACAAGGAGAAAACUGCAUUCUCCACAGGAAAGGGUCUGUGGCAAUUUGAAGUCAUGCCGUUUGGAUUGUGCAAUGCUCCAGCAACGUUUGAAAGAUUGAUGGAGCUUGUACUUACCGGGCUAAUUAGAGAUGCCUAUCUGGUCUAUUUGGAUGACAUCAUCAUCGUAGGCCGUACGUUUGAGGAACACCUUCAAAACCUGGAACGCGUGCUCAUGAAGAUCCAGAGUGCCAACCUCAAGUUGAGUCCAAAGAAGUGCUCACUAUUCAAACGGCCAGUUAGUUUUUUGGGGUAUGUAGUGUCGGAAGAAGGUAUCCGCACGGAUCCAGAAAAAAUUGCCGCUGUCAAGGAGUGGCCGGUUCCAAAAGACAAGACACAGAUUAGAGCAUUUUUGGGUUUGUGCUCUUAUUAUCGGCGAUUUGUGAAGAACUUUGCAGAUAUAGCCAAACCUCUGCACAAGCUAACCGAGGAGAAGCGACAUUUCUGCUGGGAUGAAAGUUGCGAAAUUGCAUUCCAGGAGCUCAAGAACCGUCUGUGCAAAACACCUAUUUUGGGGUACCCUGAUACGGGCAAGGAAUUCAUAGUUGACACAGACGCAAGUGAUAUAGGACUUGGCGGUGUGUUGUCUCAACGAAAUGGUGACCAAGAGAUUGUGAUAGCGUACUUCAGCAAGUCAUUGUCAAAGCCGGAAAGGAACUACUGUGUCACAAGACGCGAAUUGCUUGCUGUGGUAAAGUCCUUGCAGCAUUUUAGCAAAUAUCUUCUAGGGCGGAAAUUCCACUUACGAACUGACCAUGCUGCACUGAAAUGGCUAUUGCAGUUCAAAAAUCCGGAAGUACAAGUUGCGAGAUGGAUUGAACUACUGCAGGAAUACGACUUUGUGAUCGAACAUCGCAGCGGGAAAUCUCGUGGCAAUGCAGAUGCAUUGUCAAGAACACCUUGCCCUGAAGAUUGCAAGCAUUGUACUAGGCAAGAGUGUAAGGAAGUGGUAUCUGUGAGGAUGCUCAGGACAGACCAGCUCAGCAAUGAGUGGAAGGACAGCCUACAACAUGCACAGCAGGAAGAUUCGGAUAUUAAGCCGAUUCUGGAAUGGAUGAAGGCCAGUGCUCCUAAGCCCAAGUGGAAUGACGUCUCAGCAAUGAGUUCGACCACGAAAAGCUAUUGGGCUUAA